GUCCCGACGAGAAACCGAAACCCUGUCGCUAACCUGGGGGAUCAGUACGUGCUGGACAAGGAUGGCAAGCGUGUCUACACGCUCAAGAAGGUCCUGAAUGGCGAGGUCACCAAGUCGGCGCACCCUGCCCGCUUCAGCCCUGACGACAAGUACUCGAGGCACCGUGUGACCCUGAAGCGCCGAUAUGGCCUUCUGCUCACCCAGCAGCCCGAGACCAACGUUGCUGCGCCAUAA